AAGGGGCCCUGGCAAUGGCAAGUGACCCCCACCGGCGGGCGCCCCGCGAGGAGGACCCGGAGGAGGACGACCCUGUGGAGGCCAUGAUUGCCAAGACGGGCUGCCUGGAGAAGCACUAUGCUGUCCAGUCUUUCUCUUUCCAGUUUUGUAUGGCUGACAACAAGGACUGGAGGAAAUGUCAGACAGAAGUGAAGGAUUUCCAGCAGUGCAUUUCAGAAUAUAACAAGAAUAAAUCAAAAUAGUUUGUCUUUCCGACAUGAGUGUUAUUGACUGAAAUAUUGUGCAAAAAUACAAGAAAGACCAUGGAGGACCUGAAUGGAGAGCAUUCAACUGUAAAAUACUUUAACAUUCAAAAAAUUAGUCUUAUGGUGACUAGUUUUUUAGCAGGGCUCUACAUUGGAAGAAAGAUGAGUAAUACUGCGACUCGAGUGAAGAACCUCAUUGUUACCGGACCCAGCAAGUUGGUGCUUGUUGUUCGGCAUGAUUUGAAAAUGGGAAAAGGGAAAACAGCAGCCCAGUGUAGCCAUGCCACAUUAGCAUCCUAUAAGAAAAUGCAGAAGAUAAACCCCCACAUCUUGCAAGCUUGGGAGGACCUUGGUCAGCCAAAAGUUGUUGUACGAGCAACUGACCUAAAUCACAUAAACCAUUUAUCACAGUUGGCAACGGCAGCAGGAAUAGAAACUACGCUUAUUCAUGAUGCUGGAAGAACUCAGGUGGAAAAAGGUUCAGCAACUGUCUUAGCUGUAGGACCUGCAUCUGUAACAGCUGUAGAUAAAAUUACAGGAAAUCUUCCUCUACUCUAAGGUUUCCUUCCUUCUGGGUGAUUUGUGAUUUUCUUCUUUGUAUAUAUGAAUUUUUAAAUAAACAGAAAAGAUU